AUGAGGAUUCCAAGGUCACACCUCAGACCUGUGAAGACCCCCCUGCACGGCUUUGUCGAAAAAAGGGUGAUCUCCGAAGGAGCCAUCUCCCUCCCCGUGAUCACGAGAGAAGGACAACAUCAAGCCACCCUCAUGGUGGACUUCCUCAUUGUCAAUGCGCCAUCAGUGCACAACGUCAUUCUGGACAGACCUUCUCUCAAUGCAAUGAGAGUAGUCGUCUCCACCUAUCAUCUGAUGAUGAAGUUUCUCGCCGAGGGCGGAGUAGGUUACCUCCGAGGCGAUCAGCGUGAAGCUCGGAGAUGUUACACUAUAGCAGUAAAGAAAGGGUCCGUGAAGCAAGCACUCACUGUCAAUGUCUUAGAUCUCAAAGGACCUAUAGAGGACUCAUCUGUGGAAGACUUGGAGAAAGUACCGCUCGAUGAAGUAGACCUGAGCAAGACCGUUCAGCUUGGAACGUUGUUAAAUUUUGAGCAGCGGUCUGAAAUGCUGACUUUCCUACGGCGACAUAGGGAUGUCUUUGCAUGGUCGCAUGGGGACAUGCCAGGGAUCUCCCUAUAUGUCAUGGUUCACAGGUUGAAUGUAGACCCGGAUCACAAACCUGUGAAACAGAAAAGGAGACCGUUCGAUGCCGAGUGGUACGAAGUCUUCAUCCUGCUCAACGAUGGCUUCAUAGAGGAGGUACACCAUCCCAACUGGAUCGCGAACAUAGUCCUUAUCAAGAAGGCCAACGGAAAAUGGCGGAUCUGUGUGGAUUACUCGGAUCUGAACAAGGCCUGUCCAAAGGAUAGCUUCCCAUUACCUCAGAUCGAUCAACUGGUGGACAGCACAGCGGGGCACUCGGGCCCAAUUGGGAAGGGCCAUAUCGUGUGGUCCGGUCGACCAAACCUAGCUUUUACCACUUGGAAGAUCUUGAGGGCUGUCAGCUCCCCCACUCCUGGAACGCCGAGCACUUGA